UAAUUAACAGAUAAUUCUGUACACUUUUCUUGGGCCGAAUAAUAGCCCAAUGGGCUAAACGGCUUAUUUUGAAAAUACCCAAGGCGACGCGAGAAACCUAACUUACUCCGGCCGAACGAAAUCGAAGAAGAGAGAGAGAAAGAGAGUGAGAGUGACGGCGAGGAAGAAGAGAAAUGUGGUUCGCCGGCGGUGGUGGUGGACUGAGGAAGCUCUGCAGAGCGUCGGCUAUUUUCGAUAAUGAGAUAAGUUAUAACUCUUUGUUGGUGAGAUACAUGUCCAGAGAACGAGCUGUGAACGUCCGGAAGAUAAACCCUAAAGUUCCGAUCCAAGAAGCUUACGCCAUUUCUAAUUCUCUCUACGAUCUCUUUAAGCUACAUGGUCCUCUCUCCGUUCCCAACACUUGGCUCCGCGCUCAGGAAGCUGGGGUUAGUGGACUGAAUAGCAAAACACAUAUGAAGCUAUUGUUGAAAUGGAUGAGAGGGAAAAAGAUGCUCAAGUUAAUCUGCAACCAAGUUGGUUCCUCCAAAAAGUUUUUCCACACUGUUUUACCUGAAGAUCCUCUACAAGAACAACCGGCUGCUCCGAUUGAGAACAAGAAACAAGCCGUCAAGAAGAAACGAAGCAAAUAAGGAAACUGGAGAGAGCAAAUCUCUGUGGACAAUAUUUUGUUUGUUUCUGUCUCCAAGGGAAUGAAUUGUUUGAAUCUGUUUCUAGUCUCAGAGAAAACGUUUUUUAGUUGCUGGUGUAGAAAUUCUUGAGAAAGUCAGGAGGACUUACCUUGAUCUAUGAAACUCCUUUCCCUUCAAUAAAAGAGGAUCAGUUACCUCUGCACAAGUAACCACCAAUAUUACUUUACUAACACUCACGACGAGUUUUUUUGGAAGUUGCAUAUUUUCAAUUUGAUCUCAUUG